UCGGCCACGCGGCCCAGGCAUACGGCCAGCGGCUUGGUCUCGCUGCGGCCCUUGAGACGGUACACAUCUUCCAGUGCCGCCGAACAGCUCGCCGAGCAGGCCAGGCCAUACAGCGUGUCGGUGGGGACGGCCACCACGGCGCCGGCGCGUAGCUCGGCCACGGCGGCCCGCAGCGCCUCCGUCCAGCCGGCGCGCUCGGGGCUCUCAGACCGCACGGCCCCACUCCCUGGGAGCCGCAGCAGCCGGGCCCCCGGCGUAACCGGAGAGGUGCUCGGCGGGCGAAAGAGGCGGCCGCUCCGGGAGGAGCCCGCCGGCCCCUCACUCAACCCCAAGCUGGCAGCCACGGCGGCCCUCAGCCCCCUGCACGGACGCGCCGGAGACAUCCGCCGGGGCCUGCUUCCGGGAGGAAGUGACGCGGCCAGUGAACUUCCGGCUCGGACGGCUCGGCCCCACCUCCGCGCCGGGCACCUUAAAGGGACCGCGACCCCCAGGAGGAUUGAAGGAGACCGGUGGGGACGGGGCGGGGCGCAGCUUGGCGAAGCCUUAGCGCAGCGCUGGGGAGGGGGGCGGCCGAAAGGGGGGCGGUGGUCGGGCCGCGCAGGCGGAGAUGGAAUGGGGCCCGGGCUCAGACUGGCCACGGGGGGAGGCUGCCGGCGUGGACCGCGGGAAGGUGGGGCUGGGGCUCGGCGGGAGGCCAACCCCGCAGCCGCCCCGGGAUGAGCGCGCCCAGCAGCUGCUGGACGCGGUGGAGCAGCGGCAGCGGCAACUCCUGGACACCAUUGCUGCUUGUGAGGAGAUGUUGCGGCAGCUGGGCCGCCGGCGCCCGGAGCCGGCUGGUGGUGGGAAUGUCUCAGCCAAACCCGGAGCACCUUCCCAACCAGCUGUCUCCGCCAGAGGUGGCUUUCCAAAGGAUGCUGCUGAUGGAGCUGCCGAACCCUGACCAUCCCAGAGCCAGGCAUCCUGAACUUCUCUGCCUCCCCGGGGCUGGUGGCUGGACUCUGAACACGUCCCUUCAAUAAAGGGGCCAGUCUUCACUGGCAGUGGCUGUUACUUGGCUCUCAGCCUUGGGUGGCAAAGAGAGCUCUGCUAGCUGCUGGGUUCACUCCCACUUCAUCCUGGCUGAAGGCGGGUGCUGUGCUUUGAAAAUGUAGCCAACCAAUACCCUGUCUGACUACCCGACUUUGGGCAGACUAGCAGUGCUGGCCAGGGUGAUCUGGUCUUCUUUGGGGGAUCUAGGUGGUGUUUCGUGUCCAUUUCAUGUUUUGGGGGCUUCUAGCCCUACAACACACCUUCAGCAGAGCCUUGAUUAAAAAGAGACCUGCAGACUUUC